CAACGGCAAGCCUAAGAGAUGCCGCCGAAGGGGAAAAGUGGUUCUGGAAAAGGGGGGAAAGGAGGUGCAGCCUCUGGGAGUGACAGUGCUGACAAGAAGUCUCAAGGCCCUAAAGGUGGUGGCAAUGCUGUAAAGGUCAGACACAUUCUAUGUGAAAAACAUGGCAAAAUCAUGGAAGCCAUGGAAAAGUUAAAGUCUGGAAUGAGAUUCAGUGAAGUGGCCUCACAAUACAGUGAAGAUAAAGCCAGGCAAGGGGGUGACUUGGGUUGGAUGACUAGAGGGUCCAUGGUGGGACCAUUUCAAGAAGCAGCAUUUGCCUUGCCUGUCAGUGGAAUGGAUAAGCCUGUGUACACAGACCCACCAGUUAAGACAAAAUUUGGAUAUCAUAUUAUUAUGGUUGAAGGAAGGAAAUAAAAUCACAUGAAAGACUGAAUAAGUGUUUUAUAUUUUGUUUAGAUCUUUAAAAGGUAUGAAAUAAUCCUCAUGUCUUGUGAACUGUCAGUGUGAGUUUGUAGGAAAAGAUCAGGUGGCCAUGAGUAUGUUCUGCAGUCACUUUCAGUUAUCAGUUCUUAAUGAAGACCCAUGCAAACUCCUUUUAACUUGUGUUCCCAUUUUUCCCAGACUAACAUUAACCCUCAGCAUGUCUCAUAAAUUAACUCUGAAACCAUGUUCAGGAGUCAAAUCUUAGGCCCCUGAAAACCUUGGCAUGUAGUUAGUAGGUGAAUUGGCUCAUGAAAAACAUAACUCAAGUUAGUCAGCUCUGAU